ACUAUGCUUGAAUACCGCGCUUAUUCGUAAUCAUAUUCUUCACCCUUUGCAUCCUCACCGUUGUUUUCCGCGCUACUUUUCGCCCAUUCCUCGCAUCGUUGCAGCAGCGAACACUUCACAGCGCAUCAACAAACAACAACUUUCUCAGGUCAAGAUCGCGCCACGUGUCCUAAUCCGACAAUGGGACCCCCUCACUGCACCGCAAGCACAACCACAUCUUAACCAAAUGCUCCCACGGCAAAUAAACGACUCCUCCUAUCCGCUCACCGGCGGUUAGGGUUCCGACGAGUAUCCGUCCAAGGCCCUAAGCUUAAACUUCGUUAUCGUAGAAUCCGCCAGGUGAGAGCCUCACCGUUUCAAUAAUGAACAUCUAGCAUUUUGAUUAUUGGUUAUUCCGAAAAUACGAUACGAUGUCGUUUUUACGACGUCGAAAGGGCUCUGUGAAUCCCUUGCCAAGUGAUUCAGAUCUCAAGGAAGAGGAUAAGAAAAAGAAGGAGAAAAAGGGAGAGAAGCUUAAGGAGAAGAGUGGAAAGAUAAAGAAAUGGACGUGCGUGGAUAGCUGUUGUUGGACGGUAGGAUUCAUAUGCUCCGUUUGGUGGUUUUUGCUGUUUUUGUACAGUGCAAUGCCGGCGUCGUUUCCUCAGUACGUGGCGGAAGCAAUAACGGGGCCGUUGCCGGAUCCUCCUGGCGUGAAAUUAAGGAAGGAGGGGUUGACGGUGAAGCACCCGGUGGUUUUUGUGCCCGGAAUCGUCACCGGUGGGUUGGAACUCUGGGAGGGUCGUCAGUGUGCCGAUGGAUUGUUCAGGAAGAGGUUGUGGGGUGGCACUUUUGGGGAAUUGUACAAAAGACCAUUAUGCUGGGUUGAGCACAUGUCAUUAGAUAAUGAAACAGGACUAGACCGUUCAGGUAUUAGAGUUAGGCCUGUAUCUGGACUUGUAGCAGCUGAUUAUUUUGCACCUGGUUAUUUUGUCUGGGCUGUUCUAAUUGCUAAUUUAGCUCGCAUUGGAUAUGAGGAGAAAAACAUGUAUAUGGCUGCAUAUGAUUGGAGAAUCUCAUUUCAGAAUACAGAGGUGAGGGAUCGAACUUUGAGCAGGAUAAAAAGUAAUAUAGAACUCAUGGUGGCUACAAAUGGUGGUAAAAAGGUGGUUGUUAUUCCACAUUCAAUGGGUGUUCUGUACUUUCUGCAUUUUAUGAAAUGGGUUGAGGCACCAGCACCAAUGGGUGGAGGAGGUGGGUCAGAUUGGUGUGCCAAACAUAUUAAAGCAGUGAUGAACAUUGGGGGACCUUUUCUUGGUGUUCCAAAAUCUGUUGCUGGACUUUUCUCUAUAGAAGCUAGGGAUAUUGCUGUUGCCAGGGCUUUCGCACCGGGUUUUUGGGACAAGGAUGUUUUUGGUCUUCACACUUUACAACAUCUAAUGCGGAUGACCCGAACAUGGGAUUCAACAAUGUCAAUGAUACCAAAAGGUGGGGAUACUAUAUGGGGUGGCCUUGAUUGGUCACCAGAUGUAUCCUUUAACUGUGCUGCAAAGAAGCUCAAGAACAAUCAUACUUACAACGCAUUUCAAAAUGGCAAAGAGAAUCUUGAGUUUAUGAAAAAUGUUAAUUAUGGGAGACUCAUAUCGUUUGGGAAAGAUAUUGCUGAGAUACACUCCUCCAAGUUUGAGAGAUUGGAUUUUAGGGGUGCUUAUAAGGGUAGGAACCUUGCAAACACAUCUAACUGUGAUGAUGUGUGGACAGAGUACCAUGAAAUGGGCGUUGAAGGAAUCAAAGCUGUUACAAAUUACAAAGCUUACACAACUGAUUCAAUUUUGGAUCUGCUUCAUUUUGUUGCCCCAAAGAUGAUGAAGCGUGGAGAUGCUCAUUUUUCUUAUGGGAUUGCUGAUAAUUUGGAUGAUCCAAAAUACAAACAUUACAAAUAUUGGUCUAACCCUCUGGAAACAACAUUACCUAAUGCUCCUGAUAUGGAGAUUUACUCUAUGUAUGGGGUUGGGAUCCCUACAGAAAGGGCCUAUGUCUACAAGUUAACUCCUCUAUCCGAAUGCCACAUUCCCUUUCAGAUUGACACCUCAGCAAAUGGUGGAAGUGAGAGCUCAUGUCUAAAGGAUGGAGUUUACAGUUCUGAUGGUGAUGAAACUGUUCCUGUUUUAAGUGCUGGUUUCAUGUGUGCAAAAGGUUGGCGGGGAAGAACCCGCUUUAAUCCUUCAGGAAUUCGUACAUACAUAAGGGAGUAUGAUCACGCCCCUCCAGCUAAUCUUCUAGAAGGUAGGGGAACCCAGAGUGGCGCUCAUGUUGAUAUAUUGGGCAACUUUGCAUUAAUUGAAGAUAUUAUACGAGUAGCAGCUGGGGCAUCUGGUGAGGACUUAGGUGGAGAUAGAGUGUACUCUGAUAUUUUCAAAUGGUCUGAGAAGAUCCAUCUGGAGCUAUAGAUUCACAUGAUUACUGGGUUGGCAUCAUUACUUCAGUACGUGAUAGAAUCCUAUCCGCUUCAACCGUUGUGCUUUAAGAUGGAACUGAUGGUAUAAGUUAUGGAGCUGAAAGACCAGUAGCGAUCACGACGACAUCAUGCUUCUUUAAUUUUAUCUAUAGAAUUUCAUGGUUUUGGGACGGCGUUGAAUCUGUUUACUCCCCCUAUCCCCAAACAAAGAAGGAAAAGAAAGUAUACCAAGCGCUUAGUUUAGGUGCAUGGUUCAUGCUUGACGAGGAUUUUGUCGAUUCCAUUCAUUGAUUUGAUUAUUGUCAAGUGUAUAAUUAUCUUAUCUGCUCCUGUUUUCUCCCGCUAAUUUUUUAUAUGUUACAUGGGCUGCUUUGUCUAUCCACAAUUUUGAAAAGAUCGAGUUCAAGCCUCGUAGUAUACGGAAUAACACUGGUGUAGUUCUGUUUUUCUUCAAUCCUUCCAAUUUCAAUAAUAAUUAGUUCAUAAAUGCAUGAUUUUAUUUUGAAUUGAAACCGCAAGACUUGCUAAAAAUCGGCAUAACUUUGCUGUAGAUUCUUCAUCAUAAAGCAAGACUGUUGGAUAAUAUAUAGGUGGUGACAAGACUUUCGAAUGGAGUCUUUUAUUCAUUGUUAGCCUUUUCUUUGCUGUUAAAUAUGUAUUAGUCUUGAUAACAAAUGCUUCAAUAAUAAAUUUUAACUAAAAAUGUGUUUAGAUGUAUU